AUGAACCUCCGUGCGUUCUUCACUGCGGCCGCAGCCUCACUCGCUCUCACCCAAGCCGACGUGAUCUCGCACGACCAGCUUCGACAGCGGAGUAGGCGGCAGGCAUCAAGUUCAAGCCGCAGAUCCGGCUGCCACCCCUACCCAGCCGUCGACAAGGACGGCAACACGAGUGGGGGACUCAAACCCACGGGCUCAUCUAGCGCCGGCUGCAAGGGGUCCGGGUACGGCAGCCAGAUCUACGGCCGCAUCACGACGUUCAAUGGCGUCUACGCUCUCAUGUACUCGUGGUACUUCCCCAAGGACUCUCCGAUCUCGGGACUGGGCCACCGCCACGACUGGGAGCAUGUGGUCGUGUGGGUCGACGACAUCACGCUCGCCAGCCCGUCGAUCAUUGCUGUGUCCCCGUCGGCCCACAACGGAUACAACAUUUACUACCCGCCAGAGUCCGGUACCAUUGACGGCUACAGCGCCAAGGUGGACUACUCGUCGAGCUGGCUGGUCGUGAAUCACGCCCUCGACAGCACAUCGGAUGCUGGUGAGACGCAGGACCUGAUUAUGUGGGACCAACUCACGGACACAGCACGCACGGCGCUGGAGAACACGGACUUCGGCGACGCCAAUGUGCCGAUGAAGGACGCAAACUUCCAGAUGAAGCUCGGCAACGCUUACUACGCGUAA